GUACUUUUUUGAGUUUCUGCCUUCUUUUUUUCCCAUUUCGCCCAGCCUUCCUUUUGUUUCCCAUUUCGCCCAACCUAAUUGACGGAACUCAUCGCGUCGCGACUACGCCGGCUCGGGUCCUCGACUAGCAAAUCAGGAUCCUUCGAAGUGAACGAGCGAUCAGGGGUUUCCGCAUCCUUUUUGCUGCAUUAGUUAGCGAUGAAAUCGGCAUAGCAGGGAUUGAUUUGGAUCUCGUUGGAUAAGGAUUCAGCUGCGCAAUUGAUGGAAAUGGAGGCAGGCUGUACGUCAGCGUCCUCCGGAGGAACGCAAGUGCACUACCACCCGCCACUGCAGUCCAGAGCAUUUUAUAAAUUCACCCAGCAAAAUCUUCCAGCUUGUAGGCCACAACUAACGCCAGCUUGGGUUAUUGCAAUAUUUCUGGUUACUGGUGUUUUAUUCAUACCAAUUGGCCUAGUGUGUCUUCGUGCUUCAGAAAGCGUUGUGGAAAUUGUAGAGCGGUAUGAUGUAGAAUGUGUUCCAGAGACUUAUAGAAGCAACAAAGUAGCUUAUAUCAAGAACAGUUUGAUUACAAAGAAGUGUGAUCGUCUAAUAAAGGUUCAGAAGCAUAUGAAAGCACCGAUAUAUGUUUAUUAUGAACUUGAUAACUAUUAUCAGAAUCAUCGACGGUACGUAAAAAGUAGAUGUGAUAAGCAGCUUCUGCAUGGAUUGGAAUACAAGCACACUAGUUCAUGCAAACCGGAAGAGUAUAAUGGCGGUCUCCCAAUUGUUCCUUGUGGUUUAGUCGCCUGGAGUUUGUUCAAUGAUUCUUACACCUUUGUGCGUGAGACUGUAGAGAUGAAAGUUAACAGGAAAAACAUAGCAUGGGUCAGUGAUCAACAGCACAAGUUUGGGAGAAAUGUAUAUCCUUUCAAUUUUCAGAAUGGAAGCUUAAUUGGAGGAGGCAAUCUUGAUCCAGAUGUUCCACUUAGCGAGCAAGAGGAUCUCAUAGUUUGGAUGCGCACAGCUGCUCUUCCCAAGUUCAGGAAGCUUUACGGCGUUAUUGAAGAGGAUCUCGUAGCAGAUGACAGUCUCGAAGUACACAUUCUUAAUAACUACAACACUUACAGUUUUGGGGGUAAGAAGAAGCUGAUCCUUACAACCCAAAAUUGGCUAGGAGGCAAAAACAGUUUCCUCGGGAUAGCCUGUAUGGUGACUGGAAUCAUCUGUGUUUUCCUGGCAAUUGCGUUUGCACUGCUUCAUGUGAAAUUCCCAAGGCCUCAAGGCGAUCCUACUCUCUUGUACUGGAACAUGAAAAAUAACAUUAGUUAAUUCACAUGGAGACCAACUAGAGAAAUUACUUUGUGCCACUUGAGAUUGAAGCUCAUGUUUGAAGGUCUCGACAGGGAUGAACUGUGCAGCACAUUAUGCAUCACGUUCCCAUCAAAUUUUGGAGCUCGGGUGCAAUGGCAGCUGAUUGAAGGUGGCAUCCUGUCUCUUCUAUCUCGAGAUCUCAACUUGCUUAUUUGGCUGCUAGUCCUGUAUCUUUCACAUGGUGAUAAGAAUAUGAGAACGGUUAAUUAUGACGUGCAAAUUGUGUUGUCUGUUUCCGUAGAUUUGUAUCGGAGUGUGCUGGAAAACUUGGCGUCA